AUGUUAAAUAACGACCAAUAUAAUAAUACCUCACUUAAUGAGAUUUCUCAAUAUAAUCAUCUGAGACCGCCAUUUCCUCCUAGUAUCACUGUAAGUGAUGUACUUGAGUCCAAAAGACAAAAUCGUCAAGCAACAAAAACUAUGAAUUGUUUUUUCAUCUAUCGUAAAGCUAUGGUAAUGCAGAAUGAAAAUCAAAUAGAAAAAGUUAAUAUGCCAACAUUGUCAAAGCUCGCCUCUAUAUUUUGGAAAGAAGAAUCGCGGGAAGUCAAGGAAGCUUACAAACAAUUAGCAAAAAUGGUGCAUGAUUAUCUUCACCAAUCAAUCUCGGCAAUCGAUUUUUAUCAAGGAGCAUCUUUCGAAGGGUAUUCACAAAUGGAAAUUCCUACUCAUUUUUCUGGUGAAGAUAUUAUAUAUGGAAUACGCGAUUCUUUUGGACAUCAAAAUUCUUCUUAUUAUGUUUUGAAUCAAAAAAAUGAUACAAACGAAACUUCAAAUCUAUCUAAUUUAGAUGCUCUUAAUAGAAUUAAUGUUGCUGAUAGUUUUUCUGAAAAUAACAAUUAUUGUGAUUGUGGAUGUCUUUCUUGUAGUUAUAGAAUACAAUAUUUAGAAAUCAUGUUAAAGAAUUACAAGAAGGCUUAA